CGAUGGGGCCAUUGCAGCUCCUCGAGCCGUGUCCGGCCUUCCGGAGUUGACUCAUGUCUUCUCUAAUGGCUCUCUGCAGAUUACAGCAGUCAUACUUUGUUGAAGGAGACUUGGUGAUGCAAAUACUGGUCUCAGCACAUCCAUUGCUCUCUGUCUUCAAGAACAGUUGCGAUGGCUGUAGAUGCAUUUGGUCGAUGCGAGGAGGAGACAUUGAUCAUCAUCGUCGGGCGCGUAAAACGUGACACUCGUUGGAAAAGGAGCCCAAAUUCCUCUUCUCCUGCAAAAACUACAGUGGCUUGUUGAGUACGAGUUGGAUGAAAUGGGUGCGACCGAGCCGUGUACCUUCUUGAUUCGCCCACCAUCUGUUUGAUUUAUGUCCCUCAUGAUGUAACCCAUAUCCUUGAGAAGUAAACCACAUGCGGUCACUUGGAUACUCCCAUAUCAAAUCUGGGGAAUGAGAGUUGGCAAUUGUGCAUGGUGGGGGUGGGGGAGGUAGUGGUGGAUUCUCAGGCAUUUGUCAUGCGACCUUGUCCUCUUACACUUCCCCGUCCACCAAUCGCAUGCUCCCUCUUUCGGUGCAUGAACGAGUACUUUUGAUAUAUUUAUAUGCUUGUUCAUGGCAAAUUCCUUUGCCACUUUGUGAGAGCAUCAAGUCCUUGUUUGUGCAAAGAGGAGUAAGGAAUACAAGGAAGGAGAGAGCGAAGGGGGAAGCAAUGGAGAAGGCAGAGGCGAAGGCACCUGAUGUGAGUCUCAAGGAGCUCUCCAAUAGGCUCGAGGAGUUUGCCAAGGAAAGGGACUGGGAGCAGUACCACAGCCCGAGGAAUCUUCUGCUUGCCAUGGUUGGUGAAGUGGGGGAGCUGGCAGAGAUCUUUAUGUGGAGGGGAGAAGUGGCGAAGAGCCUGCCGAAUUGGGAGGAGUCCGAGAAGGAGCAUCUGGGAGAGGAGCUAUCAGAUGUGUUGUUGUACCUGAUAAGACUGUCUGAUAUCUGCGGCAUCGAUCUCGGAGAUGCAGCAACCAAGAAGAUAGUCAAGAACGCUAUCAAGUAUCCUGCAAAGGCCACAUGAGAACCGAUUGCUUUCAUCUUAUGCUUUGUUGCGCAAUCUCUGUUCGUGUCUGAUGAGCCUCUGUUAGAACUCAAAACUUCUGAGAGUUGCAUCAUCUGGAAGCAUGCACAGCAAUGGGAGUAAAAAUCUGAUGAGAUGUUUGGUGGUUGUUCCUUCAA